GCUUUGCACGGCCCUUGGGCCCACUGACUUCCGUAGGAGCAGGAGCCGGGCCUUCUGUCUUUAGCGAUAUUUGGGCUCAUCUCCCUCGCAACGGUGCGCAGAAAUGAUCGUCCGGCUACGGGCGGCGAGGAAAGGGUUAAGGGCCUUUUUGACUGAAGAGCUGUGGGUGCAGUUGGCGUAAUAUCUUUAUUACUGAAAACUUCAAGGAAUGAAUGCUGAUACUUGUGUUUCUUAUUGUGAUCCGGCUGCCAUGGAUUCCUACUACAACGCAGCCUCCCAGAGCACAGAGGGCUCCUCGCCUUUUAGGGCAUUUCAAGCAAGUGACAAGUUCAGCCCUACUUUCCUGGCCAGCAAAGGACAAGGCUUUGGUGACAGCAGCAGUAAGUGCCGGAGCCGCUAUAGCCAGCAGGAAUGCCAGUCCCUGGAUGGCAGCGGGCAGGCUCCCAGCUCUGCUGGGGCACAAGGCUCCUUUAACAAAUACCAGCAGCAGCAGCAGCAUCUCUACAUGCAGCGAGGCCCCUGCAAAACUCCCCCGGAGAGCAACCUCAAGCUGCAGGAGACCAGCAGCCACAACGGAGCCCUGCAGGUCUCCUGCUACGGGAAAGAGAGCUCCUUGGGAGAGGCUGAGUUACAGCCAAGCUCUGACCCUGCGGGAAUGGACGGCAGCUACCUCAGUGUGAAGGAGGCCGGGGUGAAGGUGCCCCAGGACAGGGCCAGCACUGACCUCCCCAGCCCCAUGGACAAGGCCGACUCGGAGAGCAACAAGGGCAAGAAGCGGCGGAACCGCACCACCUUCACCAGCUACCAGCUGGAGGAGCUGGAGAAAGUCUUCCAGAAGACCCACUACCCAGACGUCUAUGCCAGGGAGCAGCUAGCCAUGAGGACCGAUCUCACUGAGGCCCGAGUACAGGUUUGGUUUCAGAACCGACGGGCAAAAUGGAGGAAGCGAGAGCGUUUUGGUCAGAUGCAGCAGGUUCGCACCCACUUCUCAACGGCCUAUGAGCUGCCCCUCCUAACCCGAGCAGAGAACUACGCCCAGAUCCAGAACCCAUCCUGGAUUGGCAACAAUGGCACUGCCUCCCCCGUGCCCGCCUGCGUGGUCCCCUGUGACACAGUACCCUCCUGCAUGUCCCCCCACGGACACCCCCAUGCAGCUGGUGGUGUCUCCGAGUUCCUGAGUGUCUCCGGCCCUGGCAGCCACGUGGGACAGACUCACAUGGGCAGCCUCUUUGGCACCGCUGGGAUCAGCCCGGGCAUCAAUGGCUACGAGCUGAGCGGCGAGCCUGACCGCAAAACCUCCAGCAUUGCGGCCCUGAGGAUGAAGGCAAAGGAGCACAGUGCUGCCAUCUCCUGGGCGACAUGACAGGGCUGCAGCCAACGCCCUCAAGACACUGACAGAGCAAACGGGGACAACCAAAAAAACCCACCAUCCACUUGGACUCAAGAUAGCCAUUGCCUCCUUGGGGAGCCGAAUGCAGCACUUUUAGCUACAGCGAACACGUACCUUACCGUAAGUGGAGUGUUUCAAACGUACACACAGGGAGCUCCCAGCUUCCUGUGCUCAAGCAGGAUAAGAGGAAGUGGCGGAAUCGCUCCUAUCCCAGCUAGACUUGUGUUUUCUUCUAACAGGUGGCGUUUCCCUUUCACUGUCAUGCUUGCGUUUGCCAAUGACCAGGGCAUUUUUCUCCCCAUGCCAGAGCGGACUUUCCAAUCAACCGCCCAUCAUUUUCAGUUGAUUUCCCCCUCCCUCCACCCGUGUGUUGAAGUGUCAUUUCUAAUCCAUUUUAUUCUGUCCCAUACAGGCAACAAGUGUGGGGGGUGAUGCCUGGCACCAGCAAGGAGGCACCUCCUGGCGGUGGGGGGGAGGGGGCAGCAGGGCCAUCACUCUUGGCCUCUUAGCAGGAGUCACAACUAGCGAUUUGAGUUUGCAAUAGAGCUGGGGGGAGAAUUUUGGUCCAAAAGAAAGAGAAAUUACCCUCAUUGACUCCUGCCCUGGUUCCUCUCUGUGUUGCACAAGCUUAGCUGAAGCAAGGACUUGCAGAGACGCUAAGGAAGGAUGGGGAAAGGGAUGGCAUGUCUUUCCCUACAGAGCUAAGAACCACCAUUGCUGGAAAAGCUUGAAGUUACAGGCUAAGACAAUCAGCUACACCCUACUUCACUCACCUCCAUUCAGGCUCACUAAGGGAGAUAGCAGCUUCUCUGCCUCUUAGGUGCUCAGAGGGGGAUUAGCACCCAGUAAGCUAAGGUUCCUUCGCCCCGUCUAGGACAUAGCUGGCAUUAAUUGGUUUGUAAGCACAGGUCCACAGCAGGGAGGGAAUGGCAGGCCUUUAAUCUUCCAUCUCUUUUAAGAGGUGUUUAUUGGGUCAGCAGUUACUGGCAUCUACCUACAGCUAGCAACUGUAUAAGUGCAGCUGCUAUGUGGGCCCUGCCCAGCAUGGGUCUGUUGGUCUUCGUAGCAGAAGGGA